AUGAAUAUGAAAACUAAACGAAGAUCAAACAGUUUCGGUAAACAACUGCCAAAACAACAACAUCCAAAACAUACUCAUAAAAAGAGAAUUGCAAGACGUAGUAGCGCAGGUGACAUAGAUCAUGUACGUGUCACUCAUAUACAUGCACAUCCAACAGCAACAAAAACACUUCCAAUUGAUGAUAUUCGUCCAUCGAUUAUUGAAAACACUAUUCGAUUAGACGAUAUUAAGAAAAACGUUCAAUCAGAACCAUUAGUGGAAACGAACGAUAGCAAAAUAUAUGUGAAAACUGUUCCAUCACAUACUUUACGGACUACAGGUGAACCAAGACCUUCGCAGAUUGAUACCAUACAUUUGACAUCGACCAGUUCAAAACUGAACAUUUCUACUGCUUCUGCUGACAAUAAUCAGAAAAGUACACGUAAAGGUGUUCGUGUUAAACAUAAAAAGAUGAAAAAAAAGAAAACAAACACAACAACUGCGGUUACUCCACUUCAAUCUCUCCUUGAAGAAGAGAAAAAAGAGACUGAUGACCAUGAAUAG